UGCAAGGUUUGGCGAAAUCCAAUGGCUCUAUUCCGCGGUGCAGAGUACAACCGUGUAAAAACGGUCAUGGAUCUUGAUCCUCUUACUUAUUAUGACAUGAAUCUUUCCGCGCAAGACCAUCAGAGUUUUUUCACUUGUGAUGAAGACGUUGGACGACCGGAUUAUGAUAUCAUGCAAGUAGCUUGGCGGGAGAGGGACAGCGCCUCACGUAUAAACGCAGCUCGUGAAGCGCUGCACAUAAACCCAAACUGUGCUCCAGCAUUGAUAUUAUUGGCAGAGGAACAAUGCGAAACCAUCGUUGAAGCCGAAGUAAUGUUGAGGCGAGCCUUGAAAGCAGUAGACAAUAGUCUGGGACAGUCACAAUCUGGACAAAUAGUUCCACAUGAGCGCACUGGUGAUAUAUAUAGACAAGCAAGAAGACGCGAUUUCCACAUGCAAAUCUACAUACGGCGUCGUCUUGCAAUGUGUGCUCGAAAACAAGGGAGAUUGCGCGAAGCUAUCAAGACAUUUAAAGAUGUGAGUUGA